UGAUUUAUUUCAUUCUGUCUAUUUUAAUAUGUUUUUGUUUCACCUUUUUUUUAUUAAUUGAUCUUAUUGCACCUAGCUCUCCUAGAUACCACUUUAAACAAUAACUUUAAGUUUAUUUAAUUCCAUUCGUACUUAUUUAAAAUGCAUUUCUUAUGGGAUCAAUUGCAGUUGGGCGUCAUAUUUGUGACUAUGAAUAAACACCUUUGAGUGCAAGUUUUGGUGUUGACCUUGCUUAAACGUACCGGACCUGUCAAAAUCUGUAGAUACCGGUUGCACCAUUAUAAUGUAAACUAAUAGAGUAAAUGUCGUGCGGUCUUGAUAUGAGCAGCUUAUCGAACCGAUGGUGUAUUGCACAUUCCGAUUCAUAAAGUCCUUUAGCAGCGAGGUAUGUGUAAGGGUCCUCUUAAAAGAAUGCGAUCUUUCAUCUGAAGACAAAUUUUAAAGUCAUUCAUUUUUGUGAUAAUCUAAUGAAACAGUGCAUCACUUAUAAAGUGAAUUCAAUAUGUAGCUAAAUUAUUACACGGAUAAAUAUCAAUAGAUAUAGGAAGAUGUGGUGUGAGUGCCAAUGAGACAACUCCCCAUCCAAACAACAAUUUAAAUAGUAAACCAUGAUAGGUUAAAGUACGGCCUUCAACACGGAGCCUUGGCUCAAACUACCUUCAGUUAACAAGAUUACUUUGAAGCAGUACUCCACAACAAAAUGUGCGACCACCAACCAACUCAAAUAACAAAUGUCACUAUCCACAAAAUGUACCUCAAAACGAGUAUAACAAAACAGAAAUCGUUAUCUGGUUGAUCGUCGUGGAGUAUAUAUAUUUAAUCUCAUCCUUUAUAAAGUUAAAUCACAAAAAUACUCCGUGGAAAAUUCAAAAAGAAAAGUCUCUAAUCAAAUUGCAAAUUCAAUAGCUUGAAAGCAGCAGACGAAUGAAUACUAACUAUGAUUUUCUGGACUUUGUACAUGAAUUUUCUUGUAGACAAUAAAAAAAAAAAAGAAGACAAUAGUAGAUUGAACCUAGUUUUAUUGCUAGAUUAGCCUCUUCACUUGUAUGACAGUUGCAUCAAAUGCCAUUAUAUUGACAACGAUGAGAGAACAGAACAAAAAAGACAUUUUAGCAUGGCUUCAUACAAGGAACAUAGUGAGAACACACCAGAACUACAGCUAAUUUCAUUCAAUGAUGAUGAUAGCAAGAGCGUUGUAAAAACUUCUGACACUAAACCGACAGGUUUCAAUGCAGAUGAGAACAAAACUCCUUUCCAAGAACUGACCAAUCCAACGGAUGAGAAAAUCUUAAGCACUAAAUUGUCAGAUAUUUUCAUAGCAAAUAAGUCUAGCCAGCUUCCGUGCGAUGCAGAUGGUACUAAAGAGAACUCAACAAAAACGGGUGUAACUGUAGAGGAAAAACAUUCAUCUUCGUUUGAGGUUUUUCAAUAUGUUGGUCCGGAUCCUAUUGAUUGGGUAAUAAAAUUUGAUCCAACUUUUGCAAUUACAGAAAUUAUUCUUGUAAAUUCAACUAAAGCCUUGAUUUUCAACACGUUAAAACUGAUGCUCAUUGACAUAGAAAAACAAUCUGUGCUUGUUGAAUACAACAUGGAAGAAUAUUGUUUCUCUGAUGUACAAUAUGUUAAUGAUGACCGCGUUUUAUUCAGAGACUUGAUGGAAAACAAAGUAGUUCAAUUCGAUUUAAAAACAAAAACAUCACACAAUUUGAUAGAUGUAAAUUAUGAUACCAAUAACACUUUUCGACAUAAGAUUAACGGGUACAUGGUUAGGAAAUCAGGCGACAUUAUUUUAUUUGUCACAAAGAAAGAAACCCGCGCACUUUUAUCACGAUAUGUAUCGUAUAUUCAACUGUACACUAUCAUCGGUAGCUUUGUUCGUGAGCAUAAAUGUCAACAAGAUGACGAAAACGUUAUUGGUGAUGUUGUUGCAACUGUAGAAAGUAAAAACGGGAAUAUAUGCGUGAUAGCAGAAAAGGGUACUGAUGCAAAUUCUAAAUAUGUAGUGGUGCUUGAUUCCAAUUUUGAAUUGAAGAUCUGUUAUGAAGGCAACACACUCGAUGGUUCGACCUUUCUCCCUACGUCCAUUGCAACAAGUAGUAAUAACAAUAUAUGUGUAUUACACAGAAUAAGUGAAAUAGAAGUCAUUGAUGAAAGAGGAAAGUUUAUUGGAUAUAUUCCUACAAAAUCAAUCCUUCCCGAUGGCCAACCUUGCAGAAUUGCUAUUAACAGCGAUAAUAAAGCUUGGGUGGUAACCACGUACGGUAAAAUUGUUUGUUUACAACUUGGGUGUUAAUUCAGUCAAAGACUUGUGACAUUGAUAUAAACAGUAUAAUUAAACAAAGUAGUUUCGCAUUUGCUCCUUCAAAGAAGCCACUUAAUAUAAAAUUAAAUUUCAAAUAGGCAAUUAACUGAAAAAUAUAAAUACAAUAAUGAGUCACUUUAUCUGAUGCUACAAUUUUUUAAACAGCCUGUCUAAUAGAAAUACGAAAAGUUAUCCAGGAUUGUGUUAACUGCACCUUUAUUAUAUGAAAAGGGCAAGCCAGCUGUAUUUUUAUAGCUAACAUCAUACACAAUUUGUCGAUCCUGACCUUGUAGUAAAUUAUUUACGGAAAAGCUUGUCAUGUUUGUUGUCUGUGUCUCCACUUAAGACAAUAGAUAUACAGGAAAGAAAACAGCAUCAUUUUGUAUAAUUUGUGUUUUUAUUUUGUUUAAAUAUAAUUUUGCACAAAUUAAGUGUUUUCGUCUUCUACGUUAUAAAGAGGGAGUUCGGAAAAAAAUAUCAAUUACAAGGAGAUCGUAAUCCGGAUCUUCGUAGAUUGAAAAUCUCUUGAGCGUAUACACGGUGUCCAGUUGCAAGCGUAUCUCAAAUUAUGUAGGAGCAUUCUAUUUCAUAAAAUUAUGUUAUUGGUCUCAAUAAAACUAGAAUUUUGAGUAAAUUA